CAAUACGAUUUCAACAUCAUCAAGUUGACUACUAAAUAUCCACGCCCCGACUCGUAACUCAGCUUGCAACCCACCAUGGUAUACACAAUGGUAUUCAACGUUGACGGUGGCUGUCGAGGCAACGGCUACAGGUACGCCAUUGGAGCUGCUGCCGCCUGCUUGAUGAUGCCAGGCUCCUAUAAAUACCGGUUUAAGACCAGCCGCCUAUCCACGACUAAUUAUGACGCAACAAACCAAAGAGCCGAAAUCCUAGCUAUCACAAUGGCUCUUAAAUGGGCAUUGGAAAAAUACGAUACGCUCGAUUCAAACCCGGAGCUAGAUCUCACCAUCAACUCGGAUUCCCAAUAUGCGGUUGACUGUAUGAACGAAUGGAUCUACAAAUGGGUUAGAAACGGAUGGACAACCACGAGAGGACAACCGGUCAAGAAUCGUGACCUUAUCGAGGUGGCUUCCGACCUAGAUGACCGCGUCAAAGAAUUAGGCAUCGUCGAAUAUGUCUACAUCCCAAGAGAAGAUAACCAGUGCGCCGACAAACACUGCAACGAAGCUCUAGAUGAGAUGGAAGACGAAAAUUAGCUAUACGGUUACAAGAUGCUAGCACAAUCCAUCCUAUGGGAUAUAUUGAUCACUUGCUAUUGAUGAGUGUACUAUGGUAUAGUUGAUGGCUAAUAGUGGGCUGUGGUCAAAUUUUUCUAUCACUAGAUCAAGCGGAGCAAUAAAUUAUCAUUUCAGAACUUCUAAGUUGACGCUUGACUCGGAGCUCCCGAGCCUAACGGGCUUGUUGGUUCUCAGGGGUGCACGUGACCUUACAGGGCAGCAGGGCAGCAGGGG